AUGGGGGGUGCUGAGAAACUCAGAAUUAAGAUAAAUAGGAAAAAAGAGACUGAACAACUUCGUGGUUCUCUGGAUAAUUUUAUUGUGAAAAAACAACGCACAACUGAAAUCAUUUCUUCAACAGCUUCAUCAGAAAAAGCAGAAAAUAGUUUAAAUAACACUACUAGCAGUAAAAUUAGCAAUUUUGACACCUCUGAUGACAAUAAGAAAGACAAUGACACAUUUUGUAAUGACCAAACAAAUAUACUUGUACCUCUAGACAAUAAUCCAGAUGACCCAAGUAACAAAUUACCAACUAAUGCUUUAGAACUAAGAAAUAGAAUACAAAAUGGCCCAUUUCAGCCAAUUUUGAAACUCUAUCCAAGAAUUAAACAAAGUGGUCGGUAUCGUUGUUUUCAAUCGAAUUGGUUUAAGAAUUAUCCCUGGCUGGAGUAUAGUGAAGUACUUGAUAAAUGUUUCUGUUUUCCAUGCAGAGUUUUCUCUGGUAAUCAAUUAAAUGCAGGUCAGAUUGAUAAAACAUUUUCAAAAACUGGAUUUACUAACUGGUACAAAGGUAUAGAGUCUUUUAGAAAGCAUCAGCUAUCAAAAUCUCAUGUGAAUAGUGUUAACUCAAUGAACAAUUAUCUUAAUGAAGCUGUGUUACCAAUUGAUCAAUUAUUGGAUGAAACAAGAAAAGUUAUCCUUGCAAAAAAAGAAACUGAACGUAUUCAAAACAGAAAAUUGAUGGAAAGAAUAAUAGAUAUAAUAAUUUGUCUAGCAAAAUGUGGAAAGUCAUUUCGUGGGCAUAACGAAUCAUUGAAAAGUAACCAAAGGGGACUUUUUUUAGAAAUUAUCCAGCUUCUUUCCAGAUACGAUCCAAUAUUAAGAAAUCAUUUUGACAAUGGACCAAAAAAUGCCCAGUAUACUAGUAAUCAUAUACAGAAUGAUUUAAUUACUUCCAUACAUAAUGUAUUAAAACCAAAAUUCAUCAAAAAUGGAUUUCAAUUAUGGCAGAUGAGACCAGUGAUGUGGGGCAUCACGAGCAACUUGCCGUAUAUUUUCAAUACACUUUCAGAUGUUGUUACUAAUUAUAAUACAUCCUGGUCAUCUGUAUUAGCAGUCUGCUUUGAUGGAGCUUCAACAAUGUCAGGAAAAAUAUCAGGUGUACAAGCAAGAUAUUCCAUUUCAAAGAAAACAGAAAAAAAAAUAAAGCAUAGAAUAGUAUUUGAUUUUCUUGGAACAGUACAAUUCCUAUACAAUUUCAUUGAAGGAAGCCCGAUCAGACAUGCUACACUUGAAAAAAUAUCAAAAGAAUCUUGUAUCAAACUAAAAACUCUGAAGUCGCUGUCAAAUACUAGGUGGGCAUGCAGAGCGGAAGCAGUAUCAGCAGUUCAAGAAAAUUUUAGUAUGUUGGUACCAGCAAUUGAUGAGAUAUGUGAAAAUACUCAAGUACCCGAUGUCAGGGCAAAAGGAUUAGGAUUAAAAUAUCAAUUAAAAUCAUUUAACUUUGUUUUUGCAAUGAAUUUAAUGGAACCAAUUUUUCGAGCAGUAUUAAAGGUUAGUGCUUCACUCCAAGCUCCUGUUCUAGAUUUAUUAGCUGCUGUUGAAAUUGUAAAAGGACUGAAAAAGUUUUUGAGUAAAAUGAGAAAUGAUCAACAAGAGUAUGAUAACAUUUACCAAACCACCAUUGAUAUUUAUGAUUUACUAGGAGAAAUUGAUAAUAGAUUUUUAGAUAGUACUCUAGAAGUAAUUACUUCGGUUGGUAAUUUAAUUAAAUUACAACCGACUAUUGAAGAUUAUUCAGUUAUAAAAACAUUUUUCAACAUUUUAAAUAAAGAUUUGGACUCUGAAGUCAAAAUACUUGCAUCAAUAAAAGAUAUUCCAAUUGGUACAUGUACUCACACUAUUUAUAAAUGGUUGGAUUGGUUAAUGGCUUCAAAUAGGAAAAAUAUUUUUACCAAUUUCUACGAAGCCAUUACCAAGUUCGUUGUUAUACCAGUCACAAGUUGUGGUUGUGAACGGGCCUUCUCCAAAUUAUCUAUUGUUAAAUCGAAACUACGUUCAACAAUGUCACAAGAACGUUUAGAAUCACUUUUAUUUUUAUUCGUUGAGCAAGAAAUGACAAAAUCAGUAGAUUUCAAUACCGUAAUUGAAGAGUUUAAAGUUUUAAGUCCUGUAGAAAAAAGAUUACCAUUAUAA